AUGGGCCAGAAAAUCUCAGGGAGCAUCAAGUCUGUGGAUGUGAGGGAGCCCCCUUAUAGACCUGUUAAACGAGAGUUGAGAGGCCCGGAUUUUUGCAAGCCCGCACGGCUGGACAUGCUGUUGGACAUGCCCCCUGCCAAACUGGAGGUCCAGUACAAACAUGCGUGGAACAACGAAGAUCGUUCCUUAAAUAUAUUUGUAAAGGAAGAUGAUAAACUGACAUUUCAUAGACACCCAGUUGCCCAAAGCACAGAUUGCAUCCGGGGCAAAGUCGGCUACACAAGAGGCCUGCACGUUUGGCAGAUCCACUGGCCCACGCGGCAACGGGGAACUCACGCCGUGGUGGGCGUCUCCACAGCCGAAGCUCCGCUGCACUCGGUGGGAUACACGUCGUUGGUUGGUAGCAACAGUGAAUCGUGGGGCUGGGAUCUGGGGCGCAACAAACUCUACCACAAUUGUAAAAACCAGCCUGGGGUCACGUAUCCUGUCUUUUUGGAACCGGAUGAGUCUUUUGUACUCCCAGACUCCUUACUGGUGGUUUUGGAUAUGGAUGAAGGGACGCUUAGCUUCAUGGUAGAUGGACAGUAUCUUGGAGUGGCCUUCAGGGGACUAAAAGGGAAAAAACUUUACCCCAUAGUCAGUGCAGUUUGGGGGCACUGUGAAAUUACAAUGAGAUACAUCAACGGACUUGACC